UCCGCUUGAACCGAUUGAUUGUCAGUUUUUCCGCGCAUUCGCACACAUACAACCUCAUCGUCGGUUGCUAGACGUCAACCCUUGAGAGGUAUAUCGUUAAUAUCAACUCUUGAAAUAAAAACUGUAGUUAACACUUGCUGCUGCUGCAGUAUCGCAACGCUAUUCUAUCCAAUAUUCUAUUAUCUGGUUAUAUCCUGAUUGUGUGAUCGAUAGUCAAAGAUUUGUAGUUCUUAUUUAUCAACAAGCAAACGUUGUUUACAUUUCGGUAAUCAUUGGGAUUUGGCUCUGAAGUUGGUAAGAAUUUGACAGUAUAAAAACGAUGGCCACAGAAUGUUGUCAUAGAGCAGCUUGCUGCGUGAUCAUCGUGUUAACUUAAGAAGUUCGUCAGAAGCACAAAAGUUAUUAAUUUACCAAUCCCUCUCAAAGCAAUAAUGGCAUCCGAUUACUCAACAAUACGGCAGCAUUUUAAUCUGCACGUGAAAACUGUUGCAAACUUUCAUACACUAGCAUGGAAAAGUAAAGAAAUGCUACGUGUACCAUAAGGAGCUGAAGGAUCAAGGUCUUUCGACUGCGUGUAACAACGAAAGCGUGACAUAACUUUGAAUUUUCACCGGCAUCCACGAUUUUUCCCCAAUCAUUCCGAUGUUAGAAAUGUCCCUACACGCAAAGCCAGCAAAUGUUUAUACUGUGACACGCUUUAUGGAUCAACAUUGGCCCAUAGAAGGGCUAAACGUAUUUUACAACAGGAAGUGUAAAUCAAAAUUGUUUGGCGUUGGAUCAGAUGCACUGCUCGAAAAUAUCCGCUCCGGACACGUAAUCGUCAUUCGAAAGCAAGAAAUCAACCCAAUGCGUUAAACUGACGCGAAGUGCCGAAGCAACCCGUGCGUCGAAGUGCAAUAGCGAUAGAAAGGCAACUGGCUGUCUCUUUCUGGCUGCUGGUUCGGGAAAUUUGAGCAGUUCGAUUUAGUGUAGUGUGUGGAAGGGAUUUCCUCAUAGAAGAGAAGGGCAUGGAAGUGGCGCAAGGAAAUGAGCACGGACGGAGUCGUCUCUUUUCCUCAUUCUAGAACGACCCCGACAGCAACGCAGCAGCAUUUUUCGUCGUCCGCGUUUUCGCGUUUUUACAGUGUGGAAGCAAGUAAAUUUCGAGUGAAUUUUGCAGUGAAUAUGGCUAAAGGUGCGUGACACCGAAUAGUGCAAUCGUGGAACGUGCAUUUUCGGCAAUCGAUGCCAGUAUUUCGAAUAGCAGACGUAAUGAAGAAACGGUGAAGCCAUCUUUUUUUCCGUGUUCAUCGUUUGCCAUAGCGGCGUGUGUGCGGGAGAGAAAGGGUUGGUGCGUAUGUUGUUGGAAGUGAGAGAGAAGAAGAAGUGCGCGCGGGUUUGAAGUGUUGGAAGAAGCGAGUGGGACGGGAUUGAAUGAGGUAGGUGAAGUGAGUAGAGGAGCUUGAGUGAGCGUGAAGAAGGAAGGAAACGGGAGUGAAAAAACGACGGCAAUCGAUUGUUGGCGUGUGUAGUGGUGUUGGUGGUGCAUAGGGGCGCGGUAGCAUUGUGUGUGUGUGCACGGUACCACCAUUUUAAUGUGCCAUCAUCGGGCAAGCGAAGUGUGCUUGUGUGCUGGGGGCAUUUGGUGUGUCGAAUGAAAGGGAAGGAAGCGCGUAUCAAGUGAGAAGUUGGGCUUUCUUCAAACGAAAGUGUAAUUUUAUGUUAGUGGUGUGAGACGUACGCCGAAACUGCUGCGGCAGAUUUAACUAACUCACCGAAGCCGUCUCGACUCAGUAAAAGCAAAUUUGCUUAACGCUCAAAGUUGGUGAAAUACGUAUCCCAUGGUGGCAGCAUAAUUUUGCAACGCAAUCGUGCGUCGCAUCAUUCCUUUGUAUUGCGAUAUUGUGCGUGCUAUAUAUCUUGUAUGUGUGUGUUUGUGUGUGUAUGCUCGCGCGUGCAGCACUGGAAUAAUUUUUUAACAUACCCAUCUUCCUUGGCCCAGCCAAAAAUCCCUCAAACACACACACACACUCAUACCGGUACACUCCGUGAGUCGGAAUCGCGUGUCGCUGAGAAGUGGUGAGUGAGAAGUGAAUACGUGAGAAUAGAAAACGCAGCAGUUACCACAAGUAAAGCUGAUUCGUUGUUUCAUAACCGAGCACGAGAGUUGUGUGUGCAGUGCUGAACUAGCACAUCCAUCGUCGACGACAUUUGGAAAGGACGUGUUUAAAGUAUAAAAUCAACCUAUUUGGGACAACGCGAUUCGUUGAGAAGGCUGACAAAAGCAAAUAUCAUCCGCGCUUCUCCCGACUUGAUGCACGGUAUAUUAGAGCUUGUCGGCUGCACUAGUGUGUGCGUCGUGAGUGAGAAAAUAUCAGUCGUGCAGACGAAUGACGACACAUGAAAUUUUAGCUAAAUGGCAAUAUUGUAUAAAAAGCAAUAGAAGCUUUCUUUGAAUUGGAAAAGUAAUCACAACCUUCCUGCUUGCGACCGAACAUAACGCAUAAGCCCCCGGUAAAAGAAUACGUCCGGAGUUGCAUGUGGUACGGUGAAUGGGACUAGCGGUAAUUGCGUCGGGGCCCGUGAAAAAAAGAUCCGAUGCAGUGGAAGACAUGGCACCCGCUCUUACGGAGCCACUAAGCCAAAGCAAACUGUCCUCGUCGGCUGCGUCGGGUGCGUCACCGAGGACGAGCAGCAGCACGACGACAACGGCCACUACCACCUUUGACGGAACUACUACUAUCAUCACCUCACCGGACAAUGUUCACAGCGAGCUAGAUCACCAUCAGCAGCAACAAACGCAACAGUUGGAGGAAUUUAUCGAUGCACAAGAACAUCACCACCCUUCGUUAACGAUCGCUGAAACUGUGGAUGUGUCUGAAACUGUGGUGGUGACGUCCACAACAACGGCACUGCAGGAGGAGGACAUUGUCCCUGGCGGUGGUGUUUCACAAGUGCAAGGGUCAACGGCAAUGUCCCUGCUGUUGGAUUCCAGCGACGGUGUUGGAUCGACCACGGUGGACGACAUACAGAAUAACAAUAGCGGUGAGCCAGGUUUGAAGAUCGAUGCCGAUACGAACCGGGACCUUAUCGAACUAGCCCUGGAGCAACUGCAUCAAGAUCCGACCAUGGGCGGCGGUGGCAAUGGAAACGAGACGCCUGCGGUAGACUCGAUGGCGGUGACCAACGUGGUCGACAUGGCAUCCGUUACAUCACAUUCCGCAAUGCCUGCGCACAUUUUGCAGCCACAUCCUCAUGCACAGCAUCCAUCCGGUGAUCUGAUGCCGCUGGACUCGCCACCGACACAGAUGAUAGUGUCGCAAGGCAGUUUUCCGGAUGCACAGCAACUUCAACAGCCGCAGCAGCAGCAGCAGCAAAUACAACAAAUGUCGGGCAGUUUUAUGAACAUCCCCAUCCAGGAUUCCUCGCAAUCGUCAUCCUCGCUUACCGGGAUGGGAAUCAGCGGCACGAGCGAGCUUGGCAUGCAGCUGAAGGAUAGCAACGAAGUGGAUCAGAUGAUACGCGAGCUCUCAACCGCGGAUAUUGAUCUGCUGCAGGUGUUUAAAAGCUUCGACAACAACAGUCUCCUGCUGUUCAGCGACGUCGACGUGGCAAAUCUGUGUGACGUACCGGUGGGCGAUGGUAGUCAAUCGCAAUCAUCACCCAACAAGGACCGGGAGCGGUUGGAACAGCGCGCGGAAAUCUUGAAACUGCAGGCACAGAUGCAGCGGAAACAGGAUUUCCUUGCGCGGCGUCUCAGCAAACUGAAGGCACGGUACAUGGGCCAGCACGUCAGCGAAGAGGUUGCCGGUCUGUUCGAGUACACGCAGCGAUUCUGGAAGAAACGCGAAAAGGAAAAUGCUAAACAUUUACACAACAUGAACAACAGUAUCAACAGCGGCAACAGUGCAGGGCUUGCAGUGGGAAACGUAGGCUCAAAUGUUGCCUCCACCAUGGGGACGCUUUCCGGCGAGGGUAGCAGCAGUUGGCCCGAGAUUAUUCCGUUUCAAGCGCCCCCGCCAGACCAGACGCCGGAAAAGUUGAAACCAAUUUCGGCCAACGCACUCAAAACGUUCGCCAAGCGGCUCGAAUCCCUUGCAAACACGAUCUGUUCUGAGCAUAGCAAGCGCGUCCUUGACAGCCGAUACUUUCACGGUGUAAGCACCAUUGGGAGUGGAGCAUCAUCAGCAUUCCCAGCACCAUCGACCAGUGGCGCAGAUCUGACCAACAUCGUAAGCAUCUCCAACACCAUCCCGAUGUUCGAACGAUCGGCUAUGCAAGAACUGGAACAGACGGCCGGUAUGCUGUACGCCGAAUUACGACAGGUUCAGUCCACCAUCGAUUCGGACGCGACGCUCAGCAGCUCGGGCGGUGAAUCGGCGGACGAAUCGAUGCCAUAUACGAACAAUGUACAGGAGCCACUUCCAAUCACCGAGCGAGCCGCGUGGAGGUGGGCAAUUGAUCGUGCGGCUGUAGCUAGCAAAUGGACGUGGCUUUGGGCCCGUGUAGCGGACCUAGAGUAUCGGAUUCGACAGCAUGGCGAGGUACUGAAUAAGAUACGUGUCAACAAGGGUCCCGUUGCGCUAGAGGAACUCUGCGUAUCGGGCGAUCAGCAACAGCAGCAGUCCCAACAGUCAGUCAAUGGUUAUCGUGGCCAGCUACCGGGCAGCAGCAAACCCUUAACAUCCCAGACUACACUUACGGAUGACGAGGAUGCCGAUAUCGGGUCCAGUUGUUCGCGCACGCGACCCUACUGUCGCACGCAGUUCCGGAAACGGAAGCUGAUGCAAACGCACAACCUGCAUACCGUGUCGAAGAGAGCGGCUAAACCAAGCAACGUCAAAUGCGGUUGCCAGUGGCCGCUGCUUCCGUGUGCACUAUGCACGGGACGUACGGAUCCGACAGCACUGAGAGAUUCCCUGGAUACGCUUACGUUCUCGGAACGCGUUGCACUACUCGAUGCAAGUUUCCAUCCAGUGUUAAGCUUCCCAGAAGAUAUUUCGUACAGCAUACAUCUGGAGGCAAUCAUGCGAACGCCGGAAUGGCAAAGUAAAAUGAUUCGCAGCAAAGCCACAUCCGCUAGUUUCGCUGAGUCGUCCGUACCGGGUUCAUCUUCACGUGGAGCGUUUUUCUCAUCCGGCGACGAAAUGACACCAUCCUCGCACGGUAAGCGCUACACCAGCUCGGACGGCAAGCGGAAGUACGAGUCGAUGACCAGCAACAAGUACAAGAAUAACGAUCGCUACAUGAGCGAUGGUGGAAAUAAAUCUAAAAAAGCCAAAUCGAAGCGGGAUGUGAUACUUUCGAACAGUCGUAAAUCUGGAUCAGGUUAUUCGUACGACGGUUCGCGCUCGGGCUCGAACGGGCAUCGGAAUAACAACAAGCAUCAGCCGGGUGUGAGUAAAUCGAGAAAAUCUUCCCAUUGCUACGAUUAUUACGAUGGCAAUGAUGGUGGUGUAAGUCGCAGCCGGAACACUUCACCAACGCCGAAUAAUCGCCACGAAAGGAGGUAUCGCAACAGUAGUGCGUAUGACAUCGGUAGUAUCGUUAUUCCGCAGAGCAUGGCCGCUUCAACAAGGGUAUCAAUACCACAAUAUAAGGAUAUCGCUGUACCGAAAUGGCGCAUCGUUGGUGAUAAUGAGGAUACUGAUGAAUCGGUAAACAACCAACUGAACAGCUCCGAUAUUGCAACGAGCAAUGACCAAAAUAUGAUCAUCACUAUGGAGACGGAGUUAUCCACGGAAGGGAAUCCGAAUAUCCUGAAAAGUCCGGUAAAGAGCGAUUCAUCGAUUCCACCGAAUGGUACGAAAACAACCGUACCGGUGGCUACUCCUUCUACCUCUGGGUACAUUGAGCCUGUUCAGCAACAGCAACAAUUGAUUGUGAUACCGGCCCAGGACGAGGAAGAUAUCUCGGAUGAGGCGAUCAUGUUGAAGCACGAUCGUGCUCUGCAGGAGGAACGCAAAAAGUUCCGCACGUAUCUGAAGUUCCCGUGGAGCAGACCACGUGCAAAACGACGUACCGACAGCCGGGCCGGCUCCAGUGGUGGUAAUACACCGGAUCCGACUUCACCAGCACCGCCAACACCGAUGGUGGAUCAUGAUUCUUCGCCGGCAUGUCCAUCAACACCGAUAACGCCCCAGGAUGGACAGGAGCUAUCCGAAGCUAAUGUUAUAAAUGCGCUUAAUAAAAGUCUUCAUAAGAAAGAACGCCGUAGGACGGUAUCAUCGAAGCGAGAGGACCAGCAAACUCAGGGAGCAGGCACUACUACUCCAGAUACGCGUGAGGUUGUUUCACCGUACGAAGCACUACAGUUUCCACUGGCAGAUAAUAUUUUUGAGGAAAUGGUACGAUCGAUGCCGAGCGAUCAUCUAGACAACGAGUGUCUCAGCAAGCUAACCGGACGGAACGGUUUGCCAUUCCGCCGUUCGAUGCAGCGAAACAACAACAUACUGCUAAAGGUAAAUUCGAGCGUUAAUCUUGCCCCGGCCAGUCUGGGCAUGGGCAGUGAAAAUCCGCUCAGCUCGAACGCAUCGACCGCGACAACAGUAUCGGCAACCGAGACCGAUAUGGAAGAUUUCGAUGAUGAAGAUCUGAUGCUGGCGAAGCGAAUGGAAAAGGAGAUCAUCAUGCAGCGGCUGCUAAACAGCCGCAGCGAAUCGCAACAAUACGAAAUAGUGCCACCCUCCGCGAAACCGAUGCUCGACGAUGACGAAGACGUGAUCGACGACGAAGAGACGGAUACGGGCGAAUCACUGUUCGUUGAGGAGGACGAUCCAAACGAUCCUGAAUGGCACGAUCGCCCGGUUGGCCGAUCGGGCGGUGCUGGUAGUUGUGCGGGUGGCAGCAAUGGUGCUGGUAAUGCCAGAGUUUAGCUCUAGAGACACGAAAAUAAGCAAGAUCUAUAGAGCCUGUAAAGCUUUGAAUAAGUUAGAGGUUACAUUUGUUACGCUCCACAGUGUGAGCCGAUUAUUUUUAUUUUGUUUCAUGUCUUGAAGAGAUCGCAGCAAGUUUUAGCGAUCGACUGCCUGCGGUUCUUCUUUUUGGUACGACAAGUACGGCCGUGUGUACAUCAGCAUAGCAAAAGUCAGUCAUAGGCACGCGUAUAUACAUACAGAUAUGUUUGAACUCGCACAUCAAAGAAGGAAAAUGCUGUGGCCAUAUAAUUCAACAGCAAUUGCUACAAAGCGGAAACAGUUUUUAAUUAGUCCACCAUCCAAAUGGUCCCUGACCCUCUCUCUCUCUUUGUGGACCAUACUUUUGGAUCAAAACAAACAAACAAUUGGGAAAGCGUCUGUAAACGUUUUUUCUUCAUUUUAUUUUCACUCAAUUUGGUUACGCUUGUCAUCUGUGGUCGGUGGUGCGGCUAUUAGUGUGGCAGCCAGGGAAUAUAUGUUUGCAUGCACGCGCACACAUUCUUGGAAUCGUUUUCUCUGUGUGUCCAUUUUUUUAACCUUCCUUUCUUGUAAUGACAAAAUUGCGUUUUUGCAUACACGCGAAGUAAUUAAUUAAGCGGUAGGUAGCUACGAUGUAUGUGUUAUGUCCAGCAAAUGUAGGAGCGCAAGAAAGAAGCGGUUAAGUUUGGUUAAUGCAUUUAAAUAUUCAUCGCGUUCGGAAUCCCAACUUCUUUCACUAUUGUUUUUAACCGAAUGUUUGUUUAACAUGGCUAAGCUAAAUUUCACGUUAGGCAUACAUCAUUAGUAGUCGGCGCACAUGGAGCGGAAAUCUGAAAAAUCUUUCCUUCAUUUUUACGAUACAAUGAUGAUUAGCGAGCGUGGGUUCAUUUAAGAAUCGAUUGUAUAACUUUUCGCUAUGCCCCUAGUAAUAGAUGAUUUGAUAUCGUUAGCGCGCGCAGUUUUACCUUUCUUGUUUUUUUACCUAUAUUAAUUGUCCCUUUUCAAACGCUGGCAAUAUUUCCGUUAUGUUAAUGUGCGUGUCAAACACAUAAAAGUAAGUGAGGGUGAAAGAUUUAGAUAGUAUGCUAGACGUUUGAUACUGCUUCUCGGUCUCCAACAGUAAUAAGGGAUUUAGGUAGAAAAGCAUACACACACACACAUAAUAGCGUUAUGUUUCGCUUAAGGGAUCCCUUAACCGAUGUGUGGCCAGAGACAAGUGAAGGUGACAAAAGAAUAAUUUUUAAAUACUUUGUUUAAAUAAAGCUUAGCCAUUUUAGAUGAAUUGCAUUCAACCGUAAGGUAUGGCGAUUUUCUCCAACAGAAAAUAUUCCUUCAGCCCAGCGUGACCAGUGUUUUUUUUUUGUUUGAUUUUGUUUUGUUACCGCCUUCGUCCCUUCGGCUGCGGGCGAUUGCCAUAACCACUAUAUUAAUUGAUAACGAAUGAAAAGAUAAUCCCCAAAUCACUCAUACAGACAGAAACACUUUAUGCUAAAACAAAAACAAAAAAACUGUAGGCAAGGCAACAAAGCGUUGCUAACAAAACAGAACUAGCAUGUACAUUUUAGUUUACUUCGACUACUACUAAGUCCAAGCGUCGACUCAUGGAACAAGGUAAACUUUUUAGUACGACGGAAAUAACCCGCGAUUAUCGUGGUGAUGUUUUUGUUGUUUGUGAAUAUAUAAGGGGUUUGUUGAGGCCCGCGAGGAAAAGGGGGAAUUCCGGGUGAAACACCGGUGAAGAAAAUGGAUCGUUCUGUGGAAGUAUGUUGCAAAUGUAUGUAGAAAUACGUAGCAGUUAUGUAAACUUGCUUUAUUGAAAAAGCGCUUCAGUGAAAAGGGAAAAUAAGAGCAAAAAAAUAUGGAAGAGAGAAUAUAGAUUCAUAACAUGAAAAUAAAAAAUAAAAAACAAUUAUAAAAAUGGAAUUACAAUUCAGCAACAGCCAGAAAAACAA